CCGGCUCGGCCACUCACAUCAACACCACCUGCCUGAUUGCCUGACUAGCUACGCCACCAUAUCCGCCUGCCUGCCUUCCUGCCUGCCUGACUCAUCAUCAUCAGUUCAUCUUCUCCGAUCGAUCUCCCCCUAGCUGUAAUUUCUGAUCACGCGAGAGACUGCGAGCAAGAAGCAGGCCGGCUUGAGAUCUAGCUAGCUAGCUAGCUCGCUCGCUCGGGAGACUAUCUAGGAGAGGAUCGACAGCUAUAGGAGAGGAGCUAGCCAUGGGGAGAGCGCCGUGCUGCGACAAGGCGAGCGUGAAGAAGGGGCCGUGGUCGCCGGUGGAGGACGCCAAGCUCAAGGCCUACAUCGAGGAGCACGGCACCGGCGGCAACUGGAUCGCGCUGCCGCAGAAGAUUGGGCUGAAGAGAUGCGGGAAAAGCUGCAGGCUGAGAUGGCUCAACUAUCUGAGACCAAACAUUAAGCAUGGUGACUUCACAGAAGAAGAGGAGCAUAUCAUUUGCAGCCUCUACAUUAGCAUCGGAAGCAGGUGGUCCAUUAUUGCAGCGCAGCUGCCGGGGCGGACGGACAACGACAUCAAGAACUACUGGAACACCAAGCUGAAGAAGAAGCUCCUCGGCAAGCGCGCGCCUUCCCGCCGCGCGAGGGCGAACCAAGCGGAUCCCUAUCUCGCCGCGACGGACGGCAACAUGUGCGGCACCAGCGGCGGCGUCAACACCGGCAGCAGCGCCACGGCGGCCACGCCGCAAGCCCUAAGCGCGUCGGCCCUCGAGCGCAUCCAGCUCCACAUGCGCCUCCAAGGCCUCUACGGCGCGUUCGGCUGCGCCACCGACAACGCCGCCGCCGCCGCCGCAGCCGCGGCAGCGCCGCAGUGGCCCAAGCUCGAGACGUUGCUGCAGACGAACAAGCCGCUCCAGGGUUCGCUGCCGACCGACGCCGUGGCGACGACAGUCAGCGUGCAGCAGCCCCAGCGUUUGGUCGACCGGAGCGGCCUCGCCGCCUCCGCCGGUGAGGCAGCCGGUGAAACCGAGCACCAGCUCAACUCUAGCUCUGCCGCCGGCGCAACCUACAUGGCGCCGCCGGGGAGUUUCGAGCGGCCCAAGCUAGGGUUUCACUCCCCAUCCUCCGAGGCCGAGACCGCCAGUGCAGACAUGGCCCCAUGCCCGAUGGUGGGCGUCUACGGCGGCGGCGGCGGCUUCGGACCCCACCACGACGAGCUCUACGACUUCCUGUACAGCAAGUACGGAUCCCUGGGCGGCGGCGUGGCUCAGGGCGGGCACACGCAUAUCCCACCGCUGCCGGAGCUGCAGUACCCGGACGGCGCCGACGAGAAGUUCUCGACGUGGGCCGCCUCCUGCGAUUACGGCGCGGCGGCCGGUGGCCAUCAGCUCCAGGGGGAACCCCAUCAGUAGCAGCCUGCAGGAUUACGUGCUGGGCGGCUACGAUCAAUGAUACUAGGGUUAGUUUUUGCCGUGUUGAUUGCGUGCUAUAUAUUAGUACAUCCAAUCCAAUUCAUAGCUGGUAAUUCGAUCGUAUAUGUAUGCAUGUUUGCUCUCGAUCACUGAGAUUAUAUUAAAACUUACUGUUAAUAAUAUAUAUACUUGUACUGUA